UGACAUUUGAGUUUGACAUGAGCAUGACAAGCAAAAUUUAUUUUGGCGUUUGUGCGUACCUACCGGAUUUCAAUCGUGACUUUCGUAAAAACAUAAAUUGUUAUUUUUUAAAGUUAAUACACAACAAUGGCACCUACUUUGACUGAACCGUGCGUUUCGGAGUGGAUGAGCGCUCCCCACAGCACCGGUACAUCUAUUAUGGCGUGCGAAUUCGAUGGCGGAGUGGUAAUUGGAGCAGACUCCCGCACCACAACUGGGGCUUACAUUGCGAAUAGAGUGACAGACAAGCUGACGAAGAUCACGGACCAUAUUUACUGCUGUCGAUCUGGAUCUGCUGCUGAUACACAAGCUAUCGCAGAUAUUGUGACUUAUCAUUUGAAUUUCCACCAGAUGGAAUUAGGUGAACGCCCACUAGUGCAGACCGCAGCAUCAAUCUUCCGUGAACUGUGUUACAACUACCGUGACUCACUUGUUGCUGGUAUCCUGGUAGCAGGAUGGGAUAAGAAGAAUGGAGGACAAAUAUACUCGGUCCCAAUUGGUGGUAUGGUCCAACGCCAAGCUGUCUCUAUCGGGGGCUCCGGGUCCACCUACGUAUACGGCUACGUCGACGCCAACUUCAAGCCUAACAUGAGCAAAGAGGAAGCUAUCAAGUUUGUCACGAACACCCUUACAUUGGCCAUUCUAAGGGACGGCUCUUCUGGAGGUGUGGUCCGUUUGGGAGUCAUCACGGAGGCAGGAGUUGAAAGAUCAGUAAUCCUUGGUGAUCAACUCCCCAAAUUCUAUGAGGGUUAAGGCUUUUUAUUUCCAAUAUUGUAAGAUCUAUGUAUUAAAUUUUUAAAAUUC